AUCAUCUCCAUAUAAAUAACCCAUCUCGUUUCUCUUUCUCUUUUUUUUUUUGAAAUAUUUAUUUUAACUUUUACACACAAAAUGGUCCAACAAUUAAUUGACUCUACUAUCACUAGUUACGAAAUCAGAGAUAUUCGUUUUCCCACCUCUAAACUCUUAGAUGGUUCUGAUGCUAUGAACAAGGAUCCUGAUUAUUCUGCUGCCUAUGUUAUUUUUUAUACUGACUCCAAGGAUUUGGAAGGUCACGGAUUGACUUUCACUUGUGGUCGUGGUAACGAGGUUGUUUGUUCUGCUAUUGAACAAUUCGCACUCAAGUUUGUCGACAAGAAGUUGUCUGAUUUGGUCAAGGAUAUGCGUGCCACCCAUCAAAUCUGUACAGGUGAUUCUCAGUUGAGAUGGAUUGGACCUGAGAAGGGUGUUACUCAUUUGGCUACUGGUGCUGUCAUCAAUGCCAUUUGGGAUCUUUGGGCCAAGGCUGUCAAUAAGCCCGUCUGGAAAUUGGUUGCUGAUUUGACUCCUGAAGAAUUCGUCCAAUGUGUUGAUUUCCGUUAUAUCACUGAUGUUAUUACUCCCGAACAAGCUGUUGAGAUGUUGCGUGAAAAAGCCGCUACUAAAGUAGACCGUGAGAAUGAGAUGCUCCGGGACGGUUUCCCAAGUUAUACCACUUCUGCUGGAUGGUUAGGUUACAGCGAUGAAAAAGUCCGUAGAUUAAUUCGUGAAGCCAAGGCAGAAGGUUUUACGUACUUUAAACAAAAGGUUGGUAGUGAUAGAGCAGCUGAUGUUCGCCGUGCUGCCAUUAUCCGUGAAGAAAUCGGAGCUGACGGUGUAUUGAUGAUGGAUGCCAAUCAAGUUUGGGAUGUGAAAGAAGCUAUUGACUGGAUGCAAGAUCUUUUACCCUUCAACCCUCUUUUUAUCGAGGAACCUACUUCUCCUGAUGAUGUUCUUGGCCAUGCCACUAUUCGCGAAGCUUUACAUCCCAAGUGUGCUGUUGCCACAGGUGAACACAUUCAAAACCGUAUCAUCUUUAAGCAACUUUUCCAAGCUAAAGCUAUCGAUUACUGCCAAAUUGAUUCUUGUCGUGUUGGUGGUGUGAAUGAAGUUCUUGCUAUUAUCUUGAUGGCUAAUAAGUUUGAAAUUCCUAUCAUCCCUCAUGCUGGUGGUACCUUCUUGGUUGAAAUGGUCCAACAUUUAUCUUUGAUUGAUUAUAUCUGUGUUAGUGGUACUCUUGAUCGCCGUAUGCUGGAAUAUGUUGAUCACUUGCAUGAACAUUGUAAGACUCCUGUCCAGCUCAAAAAUAGUAAGGUGUCCCCUCCUCUUGUUCCCGGUUACUCCGUAGAGAUGUAUAGACAAUCUAUUGAAGAUUAUACUUUCCCAACUGGAAAAAUUCACAAAAAAAACUAGAUGUCUUGUAGAAAAUUUAAAACCCACAUCUAUUCCCUAUUAUAUUAUAAAUAAAUCCUUUUCCCCA